CGCGCGUGCGCAAAGGAAAGCAGACGGCGGACGUGCGCGAUAGGGCGUCAAGUGAUUUAAAUAUGGCAGCGACAGCGGACAUAUCGCGGCUCACAAUAGGAGGAAAUAACACGAGGGACAUUUUUGCUCUGUUGUGCAAAGCCAAGAGAAAGAAGAAGAAGAAGAAGAGGGACUUGUCACAAGUCGAUGACGGCCGGGCAAAGGGGCACGAGAAGAAAGUGAAGCUCCGUCCUCCUCAUCCUCACGAGCACCCCAAGUCGCAUCUCUUAGAACACCAUCCUCAUCCUCACAACUUGAGCGCGGGUGAGCAUGUCCUGCCUGGAAGCCAUCAUCGCCAUCUCACCAAGAAGAACAUGCGUCGCCCUCCUCCUCCUCCUCGUCAUACUGCUGCUGCGCCGAGGAAGAUACAUGAGCAUCUUCCCGAGCAAGGACAUUUGUCUUCCGAACCAACCAAUCUCUUCACUUUUCCACCUCCCAAACAAUCUGAGUGCAAAGAUACGAGGGACGGUCACUUGAAGAUGAAAAUCAAGACGGAAAAUGCUUACGCAAACAUGGGAUACGCAGAUGUAAAGAACGAUACAGAGUCCAGGACCCACAAAGUGAAUGGGACAUCUCUAACACUGGAGGAAUACAUCCGGAAGAAGGAAAAGAAGAAGCACCAUGAAAGGGAGCGGAGCGCCAAGAAGAUACGACAAAUGAGCAACAAAGCUGUUCAAACGAUAUGUUCGGAAUCGGGACGAGGUCAGCGUGAUCCGUCUACAUGCGGCAGCAUCAAGCAAGAACAUCUUUGCCAGCCUGGCAGAGAUGCUCCAAACCUCCAGCGGCUUGACCUCCAUUCUCUCGCCCCCUUUCUAUCUCAUCAAGACCAACACAUCCGCAGGUCCUUCUUGCAAACAGGCAGCUCCUAUGGUCGCUUUAUGCACGAGGAAAGGCAAGCCAAUGGCGGUGCGUCGGUCCUGCACGCCUACGCCGAUGAGCUGGCCUGUCUCAGUCCAGCUCAGAUGGAGUGCUUUUCCCAGGAAUUUCUUCAGUUGGCUUUUGCCGAGAAGCAAAGGGGUGCGGCUUCUUACGCCUUGGCAGUGGUGCAUAGUGUGGCCGCCUACCUACCUGACUUCCUCGACUACUUUGCCUUUAACUUCCCCAAUACACCGGUCAAAAUGGAGAUCCUGGGCAAGAAAGACAUUGAAACUACAACAAUUGAUAACUUUUACUCUGAGGUAUGUCAAAAUAUAAACAGGGAAAUCCUGCACUUCAUAGAGCAACAGGUGAACCGCACAUACAGUUCCGGAACUUACCGGGCCGGACCCAUGAGACAGAUCAGCUUGGUGGGAGCCGUGGAUGAGGAAGUGGGAGACUAUUUCCCAGAAUUCCUAGACAUGUUGGAGGAAUCACCAUUACUGAAGAUGACCCUUCCGUGGGGAAGCCUCUCCAGCCUGAAGCUGGACUGUCGCUCUCAGAGCGACGAUGGGCCCAUUAUGUGGGUGCGACCAGGAGAGCAAAUGGUGCCAACUGCGGAUGGGUCCAAUUCAACUUUGAAACGCCGCAGGUCCACAAAGGAGAUAAAAAAUCUCCACUACCUGCCAAGGGCGAGCGAGCCUAGAGAGGUUCUGUUUGAGGACCGCACCAAGGCCCAUGCUGACCAUGUGGGCCAGAGUUCUGACUGGCAAAGCACUGCUGCUGUGGGAGUGCUGAAGGCCGUGCAUUUUGGAGAACGGAAUAAUCAACCUCGUGUAACCAAAGAUGUUGUAUGUUUCCAUGCGGGUGACUUUAAUAAAGUUGUGCAACAACUGCAACUGGAUCUUUGCGAGCCUCCAGUAUCUCAGUGUGCACAGUGGCUGGAUGAUGCAAAGCUCAACCAACUGAGAAGAGAAGGCAUCCGCUACGUCCGCUCCCAGCUGUGUGACGACGACGUUUAUUUCAUCCCACGGAACGUCAUCCACCAGUUCAAGACGGUGUCCGCAGUCUGCAGCCUGGCCUGGCACAUCCGGCUCAAACAUUACCACCAGGAGGAGCGAGGCGAGGAGUCAAAAGAGGAGCUGAGACCCAGCAAUGUUAGCCCCUUUUCAGACCGUGUCGACUCCACCCACCCUUUUUGUCUGCAUGUGCCCUGCGAUUGACUGGCGACCAUUUCAGGGUGUAGCCUGCCUCUUGCCCAAAGUCAGCUGGGAUAGGCUCCGACUAUAGAAAAUUGAUUUGAUUCUGGUAGUUACAAGGUUUAUUUUACAUUUAGAAAUGGACCCUACAUUCUGGUCUUUGAUUUGGUGCUUCAGCAUUGCUCCAUGAAGUCACUGAUGACAUUGUAGUGGUUUAUUCACCUGAUUUCUUUGCGGGCAGUGUGAGUUCAACUCCCAUGCAGUAACAGUGUGAAUGUGAAUGGUGUCUGUCUACUGUAUAUGUACUAGCGACUUGUCCAGGGUGUCGUUAGCCUUUCGCCAAAAUUCAGCUGAGAUAGGUUCCAGCUCCUGGUGACCCAGACCAGGAUAAGCUGGACAGAAAAUGGAUGGAUAGAAGGUUUGCUCCAUCUCCAAAACCAUCUGAGUGACAGAGGUCAGGUAAUGUAGAAUAAUGAACGUUCAAAAGAACUUUGAGAUGGAUAGAUACAUAGUUAUUUAUUUUAGACGAGCACUUAAUGUAAUUUGUAUUUGGCAUUUUAUACUUUUUCAACUGUACUGAUAAUAUGAUAUGUUAUUUAUUGUCUUUUAUUGUUCUAAAUGAAUGAACAUUUUAUAUACCUGUAUAGCCAGUGACAAUAAUUUUGUACUUGUGUCUACUGGUUAGCAAGUUAGACUCAGUAAUAAAUAUAAAUUGUGAA